AUGGCCACCUCUCACUUCGAGCGUCGCCCUCGACGCGCCCCGCCGCCGGUUAACCUCCUGCGUCCCACAUCACAGCGUAGUCCCUUUGUUUUCACUUCACUGAUACCUAGCCACAUCUGUCCAUCUGGGUUCUAUACAACCACUACAGAGGUCUUCAUCCGAGUACCGUAG